CUCAACGCCCCCCAGCCUCCCCUUGAUUUACCCCAUGGGCAAAGUCUCCACAAAUCUCCACAAGAAAACCAGCACCCCAUCGGACGCCGUGCCCUAAAAGUACGAUUAUGAAAUCAAUUAUGCGAAUCCCAAACAGUACUAUCUCUCAGGCUACUAGAGUGAAGGCGUGAUUUGACACCCGUGGGCCUAUCUGCAACUCAUUAUUGGAGAAAAGGUUGAUUAAUCCCCACAGCCUAAUGCUUAGCAGCUGGGGUAGAGGAAGCUGUGUAUGUCACCAUGGUGGAUGAAGAUCACAGUCGCGGGGUUUGGACUGAGUGCGAUGGUGCGCAGUUUAAAACGCAGCCCCUACACACAUAAUGCAAACGGGCUUGUCACUCCUACUUGUCUUUCUCUGGAACGAAAAUGAGACCGACACUUAACAUCCUCGCGGGAGCAGCCACUCUCAUAGUGGUACAGGCAACUAGCCUCCGGGAUGUGUGUACAAACAGCCAUGCCAAGUCAGUUUUGCCCUCUACUGAUCUCAUCAACGGCCUCGUAAUCGAUCGAUCUUCUAUUACCACCAAUGCUGUCUAUAAUGCUUCCACCCCCGGCGGUGACUACUUCCCAGCAGCAGCCGCAUAUGAUUUCUGCAAUGUGACCCUCACGUACGCCCAUCCUGGACGCAACGAUAAGGUUCAUCUUAAGCUAUGGAUGCCAGCUCCGGACCAGUUCGAAAACCGGUGGCUGUCGACUGGUGGAGGUGGUUUUGCGAUCAACCACGAUGAACAGCAGCUCCCGGGAGGUGUCCAAUAUGGCGCCGCGGCUGGUAUCACUGACGGCGGCUUCGGCAGCUUUUCGACCCAGUUUGACCAAGUAUUUCUUCUGGCCAAUGGUACGAUCAACUAUGAAGCACUGUAUAUGUUCGGGUACCAGGCGCACCACGAGCUGAGCGUCAUCGGAAAGGCCCUGACAAAGAACUUUUACGGCACGGGUGACGCAAAGCUGUAUGCCUAUUGGCAGGGAUGUUCCGAGGGUGGUCGCGAGGGAUUCAGCCAGGUGCAGCGAUUUCAGGAGUUCGACGGCGCUGUGAUCGGCGCCCCGGCCCUUCGCUAUGGUCAACAACAGACUAACCAUCUCUACGCAAAUGUGGUUGAGCAUACCCUCAAAUACUACCCUCCCCCUUGUGUAUUAGAGAAGAUUGUAAAUCUGACUAUUGCGGCAUGCGAUCGACUGGACGGAAAGGCUGACGGCGUGGUGUCGCGGACCGACCUGUGCAAGGCGCAUUUUGAUACCAAUUCCACGAUUGGCGCACCUUACUCCUGUCCAGCCUCAACAACAACCACUGGCACAACCCCCGCGCAGAAUGGAACCGUGUCUGUGCUCGGUGCCGCAGCAGCUAAGAAGAUGUUGGAUGGUCUUCGUACGCUUGACGGCCGUCGGGCCUAUAUCUUUUACCAGCCUUCCUCCACCUUCGACGAUGCGCAAACGAAAUACAACCCCGAAACAAAGGAGUUUGAACUCGACGUCACUGCCUACGGCGCUGAAUGGGUCCCCCGCUUUCUGCAGCUACAGAAUUACACUUUAUCCUCUUUGGAAAAUGUGACAUAUGACACGUUAAAAGACUGGAUGGAACUUGGAUGGCAGCGUUACGAAGACGUCCUGCAGACCACAUGGCCUGAUCUAACCCCUUUCCAGUCCGCGGGUGGGAAGGUGCUUCACUACCAUGGCGAGUCGGACCCAAGUAUUCCGGCUGGAUCCUCGGUGCACUACCAUGAGUCUGUCCGUAAGACAAUGUACCCCAACAUGUCUUUCAACGCGAGUAACCAGGCGCUGAAUGAGUGGAACCGCUUAUUCUUGGUCCCCGGCGCCGCGCACUGCACCUCCAGUACUGAUCAACCCAAUGGCCCAUUCCCCCAGGCAACUCUCAAGACACUCAUUGAAUGGGUCGAAAAUAAUAUCGUUCCGGAAACUUUGAAUGGUACGGUGCAGUCCGGUGAUCACAAGGGUGAGCAGCAACAGAUCUGCGCUUGGCCCUUGCGUCCCUUUUGGAAAGACAAUGGCACCGUUAUGGAUUGUGUAUACGACCAGGCUUCCUUGGACACCUGGGACUAUGAUUUUGAUGCCUAUCGCAUCCCUCUCUACUAAGUGGAUGGGCCUGCUCUAAAUAGUAACUAGGAUAAUACAGAAACGCACUCUCUUCUUGGGACAUGAAUGCCAAUCGUAUAGAACCUUCAUCCGGUGCAAGUGCACCUAUAACGCUUCCACUCCAAGGUCUGCCGAAUAAGCAUGUCCAGUGACUUUCUCAUCCUCCGCCAUGAAAGCACCAAGGACGCUGGUUAUUU